CACGCUGGAUCGACCAGCAGAAAAAGUAACAAAGAUGUGUUCAUUAUACAAGAAGAUGCUGCUGUUGCUGGCCAUCAUGGCAGCGGUGGCGAGGUCGUCCCCAGUAGUUGGACCGGAGCCCAUCCGCUGUGCCCCAUGCACCCAGGAGAAACUAAACGAGUGUCCCGCUAUUCCAGCCAACUGCGGGCAGGUGCUGAGGGAGCCCGGCUGUGGCUGCUGCAUGGCGUGCGCCCUGGAGAGUGGGAGCUCCUGUGGCGUGUACACGGCCCACUGUGCUAACGGACUACGCUGCAUGCCCCGACCCGGGGAAGCUAGGCCUCUGCAUGCUUUAACACGGGGCCAGGGAGUCUGCACUGAGGAUCUGACCCAAGAGGACACUGAAGGGGUCCCGGACCACAGCUCCCUGCAGUACCUCCUGGGAGACACUGCAGAGGCACAUGAGAGCUUCAGGGCCAAAGUGAAUGAAAUUCGGAACAAACUGGUCCAGCAGGGUCCGUGCCACAUUGAGUUGCACGCCGCUCUGGAGGCAAUCGCCAGCUCCCAGCAGGACCUCGGAGAGACGUUUACCACUUUCUACCUCCCAAACUGCGACAAGCACGGCUUCUACAAGGCCAAGCAGUGUGAGUCAUCGCUGGUUGGACCGCCCGCUCGCUGCUGGUGCGUCUCCUCGUGGAACGGAAAGGUUAUCCCUAGAGCGAGUGAGCUUCCUGGUGACACAGAGUGCCACCAGGAAGUCACUUACUAACAAGUAGUUGUAAAUUAUUUUAUAUACCAAGAUAUAUUUAUUCAUUACUUGUAUAUUCUAAACAGCAUUUUUAUUUUUAUAAGCUUUCCCGUGUUUUUUUUUUUUUUCGUCAAUUGUAAAUAGGGCAGCACUGUAUACAUUUGUAUUCCUGACUAAAUAACUCCAUUCCUCAAAAAACCACAGCUCCACAGCCCUGCCAAGCUCAUUUCAGGGUUUUUUUUUUUUUUCUUUCUUUCAAAUCUGGAGUUCGGCGGUGCCCCGCCACAACCAAACAACACAGCCGCUCAUUCAUGCAACAUGUUGACAUUGUCUGAAUGCAUCUUCAUUUCCUCAAUGGGGGAUACUUGGAGGGCCGCAAGUAUGUGCACGUCGGCCAAAUGCAAACAAAUCAGGGCUCAUCCAAGCUGCUUCCCAGCUUCUUCUGACAUGGCCUCUUUUUACAUUUGUCUACCUCAGAUCACCUCUGCUGGGUUUUUUAUUAACUUUUCCAACAUUCUAAUAUUUAUUAUCAUUCAUUCUUGUGUUAAUAUGCUUUUGUUGUUGAUAGCUGAGCCAUCUGCUGGAUUGCAUUGUUUGAAUGUACGUAUAAUAUACAAUAUUGUGCAAACA